AUGGUCGUGGAAUUCUCCUCCACCGACGUCGAAGUUCAAACUUUGGAGAGUCAACGGCGUCGGCCACUCAUCGGCCACGGAGCUCCUCGCGAAGAUGACUCACAACGCACGCUCCGAAGUCCGUUGCUGACUUCCAGUUUAGUCGCCAGCAGGUCACCGACCGCUAGUAUCGCUUCACAGACUCACGUGAACUCGUCGGCUCGGUCUCCGCCUUCGACGUUCCUAGGAUUCCGACAUCGACACUACACAAAUAUCCGCGAACUGCGCGGUAAAAUCUCCCGCGUGCCUAGAUUCUGGCUCUGGCCGCGGUUCCUGAACAACUCGUUCUUCGCCAGACGCCUCGUGUUUGCAGGAUUUCUACUCAGCGUUGCUCUCGCCUGGGGAGUGACGAUGUACAAUAUCAAAAUCAUACAGUGGCUUGUGGACUUCAGCGCCAGAAACCCUGAAGACUUUGAGCGAUGCAGAAUUACGAUCGUCUUCUCUGGUCUCAUCUAUCACAUGCUACCGGUUGCGGUUAUGUUGUUCUUGACUGGGUCAGGGCUGCGCAGCUUCGAGCCCUUCAAGCGAGAGGUACUGGAGCCGAACAACAGUGAUCUAAGUCUCGAGGAGGGAGACCGUGGCUUCACAAGCGUACCCAAGAUCAGACGCCGGUUUGUUUUCCAGCUAUGCGAGCUGCUGGCCGUUGGUGCUUUGCUAUACGAUGCAGGGUUGGUUCUCUACUUCCCUGUGGUGCUGUUCACAGGGGCGAUUUAUGCCUGUGACAGCUACGCGAUGCACUUGUUUACAGUGGGGGGAGUUGCCUGCUAUGUUGGAUUAUUUAUCGUCAUCUACUACUUUGCUCGCUACCGUGAGCACAUCAAGAUGCAGCUGGGCGCAUUUACUGAGAGCGACCAGACGGGAGAUAUACGGAAGCACAACUUGGACUUAAACCGAGAUGUCAAGACGGUAAUGCCCAAGAAAAUGUUGGCUGUUGUACGUACUCGACUGUACUACGCUACACGCCGAGGUGACCUACAGGAAAUGCGUGAAAUUCUCGAUUACGCUCAAGCGAGAGGCCUCACAGACAGUGAGUAUGGCUUCCCUCGUAAAGUUUACGCUCCACCUCAGAUCAAGUUUAAGUUUUUCGCGAAAACGCGUCGAAAUCCAGUGCACGUGGCGGCGUACCACGGGAAUAUUCGCGCACUCGAAUUGCUUGAAGAGUACGGCUUUGACAUGACUGCAUUGGACAAGUACAACAGUGUACACUUCUCAACUGGAAGCCUCUUCUGGUAUUUUGCCCGAAUCUUCGUAAAGCGACCGAGUAAUAGUCUGGAGAAUACGGCUGUAUCCAUCUUCCAGACAACGCUGAUGACCCCAUUGCAUUGUGCUGUCUCCACCGGACAGGUUGAUACCGUACGCUGGCUACUGAGUCACGGUGCUUGUCCAAAUACACUGGCCCAAGCAUCCUUUAGAUCCAACCGCGUGCCUCCGCUUUUCUUGGCCGAACACGCUGAAAUCGCUCGAGAGUUACUAAUCCACGGUGCUGAUCCACUAGUCAUCCCGGACCCGGGAUUCAUGAAUACUAUGACACCAUUGCAGUUAGCAACUCGAGGAGUGGGGCGGUGA